AUGCUUGCCGACAUUCCGAAUGAACUCAUAAUUCAUAUCCUUGAUAUUGUCCUAAAGGAAACAAGUUUUAAGAAGAUCUGCCAACUCAUGCGAACAUGUAAACAGUGGAAAAAACUGAUUCCUAUAGUAAUUAAAGACGAGAUCUCAAAGAAUUUUACAAGUGGUUGGAUGAUCGAGGACAUAUCACUGCAUAAUAUUGAUUCUCGUGCGUUCUCUCACAAAUUCGGACUCAAAUCUGGUCUUUCAUUCCUAGACUAUUCCCCUUCCCUAAACACUUUCUAUUUCAUGCGUGUCAUCUCGAAACGUGAUAUCGGCUUUGUUUCGUCUUCUUCUCAUGCUAAAUAUUACCUCUACCUAUAUUACUCGAUAUACAAUUUCCAAU